GCGGAAGCAAACUUGGCAAGUAAGUGCCGCUUCGGAAUCCGAUGUCAACGAACGACAGUUCCAACUCUACUCCGGAAUCGGAAGCCAAACCAUCCCUCAUAGAUGCGAUCAGAACCAUCCAACCCGUUGAUGAUUUGAAAAAGUUGCCGACAUACCCAUGCGCACGAGAGAGCCUCAUGUAUGGUAUAGCAAGUGGUGCUGCUAUAGGAGCCGUACGGACAAUGAACGCUAGCAUUCGCUCUUCAUGCAAUUGGGGCAUGGGAGCAUUUAUAUUCAUCUCUGGAGCCUCCUGGGCUAUUUGUCGGGCUGCGCGCGAGAAGGAGCUUCACACAAUGAAAACGAUUGUCGAGAAGUUUCCUGAGCGGAACAUCAAGAUUGCCCAGAAACGUGCGGAGCAGAGACGGCAAGAGGUGGCUCUUUCAACAGCGUCCCACUCAGCAAUACCCUCGAACGAUCCGCCCGGCUCUACCGAAGCAAAACGGUCAUCAUGGUUCUCGUGGUUCCGCAGAUCUAGCGGGCGUAAUGGAGACCAAUCAGGAGCAUCAUAACAUCCUGGAAAUGACCCCGAGGCUUCUAUUUCAUCCAGAUGGGAUCGUUGUGUCUUAUUCGCAGACGAAACAUACAGGUGCCACCUUGGAUUUAUUCGUCACCGGAUUCCACUGCAGAUGGGUCCCAAACGCUGGCUCGAUAAUUUUCAACCAAUUCGGGGUCCUUCUGUUGUGGGAGGGAAACCAGCUAUCAAACAGUGAACGUAAUUUUUUUAAUGUGCCUGCCUUAAAGUAUCCUUGGAACUCAGCGAAACCUCCACGCAAUAUGCAUAUCUCUUGGGGACUGAUUUGCUCCGGCGUCAGCAAGCCGUCUCGCGCUUCGCGGAAUAUCUAGCAGCCAGUACAUCAGAUAUAGCACAACAAUUGAACAAGCGCGUGCCGCUUCCUCAAACGUACCCGGGCUGCUUGAGGUCCUCUUCGGGCAGAUGUAACGUAUUCAUUAGCUCAGAAAUUCGGAAAGAUCGCAGGAU